AUGCUCUGCUUCACCUGGCUGCUGCUGCCGCUGCUGCUGCUGAGCGCCGCGCGCCAGGCGCCCGCUGACCUUUCCGCCACCGGUCAGCCCGGGCACGCGCUGGCCAGAUCCGCCGAGGAGCACGAGGACGGCGGAGCGAGUCACCACGGAGGGGGAUAUAAGAUCGUGCAGUGGGAAUGGAGCUACGUCCAGACCCCCUACAUCAUCGCCAUCUGGCUCCUGGUGGCCAGCGUGGCCAAAAUCUUGUUCCACUUCUCUCAGCGGUUCACCACGGUGGUCCCGGAGAGCUGCGUGCUGAUCUUGUUGGGUCUGGUCCUGGGUGCCGUGGUCCUCAUUGCCAACAAGAAGCAGCUCUACCAGCUGGACCCAGGCCUUUUCUUUCUAUUCCUUCUUCCUACCAUUGUGGGGGAUGCUGGGUAUUUCAUGCCUGCCCGUCUCUUCUUCGACAACUUGGGUGCCAUCUUGAUGUAUGCGGUGGUGGGGACUCUGUGGAACGCCUUCUGUACAGGCUUCUGCCUCUAUGGAGUUAAACUGGCUGGGGUCAUUGAUGAUAAGGUACAGGCAGGUCUGAUGGAGUUCCUGCUGUUUGGAGCUCUGAUCUCAGCGGUGGAUCCUGUGGCGGUGCUCGCUGUGUUUGAGGAAGUCCACGUUAACGAGAUGCUCUUCAUCAUCGUCUUUGGCGAGUCACUCCUGAAUGACGCAGUCACUGUGGUGCUGUAUAAAGUUUACAUCUCCUUUGUGGAGGUGGGCCCUGGAAAUGUCCAAACAGCAGACUAUUUUAAAGGAGUUGCCUCCUUCCUCAUCGUCAGUAUUGGAGGGACGAUGGUGGGGCUGAUCUUCGCUGUAAUCCUGGCCUUUAUCACACGUUUCACCAAGAAAGUCCGGAUCAUCGAGCCACUGUUCAUCUUUCUGCUGGUGUAUCUGGCUUACCUGACCGCUGAGCUCUUCUCUCUCUCUGCCAUCCUCUCAAUGACCUUCUGCGGAAUUGGCUGCAACAAAUAUGUGGAGGCCAACAUUUCUCAGAAGUCCCGUACGACCGUGAAGUACACAAUGAAGACUCUGGCCAGCAUCGCUGAAACCAUCAUCUUCAUUUUCCUUGGCAUCUCGGCUGUGGAUAAGUCCAAAUGGGCCUGGGAUACUGGCCUCAUCGCAUGCACCCUCAUCUUCAUCUUUGUCUUUAGAGCUAUAGGUGUAGUUGGGCAGACCUGGAUUCUGAAUAAGUUCAGGUUGGUUCCUCUGGAAAAGAUUGACCAGGUGGUGAUGUCGUAUGGUGGCCUGAGAGGGGCAGUAGCGUUUGCCCUGGUAGUCUUGCUGGAUGGAGAGCAGGUUAAGGCAAAGGAUUACUUUGUUGCGACCACCAUAGUUGUGGUUUUCUUCACAGUGAUGUUUCAGGGCCUGACCAUCAAGCCUCUGGUGAAAUGGUUAAAGGUUCCUCGCAGCACCAACAGAAAACCCACCAUUAAUGAGGAGAUCCACGAGCGUGCCUUUGACCAUAUUCUGGCUGCAAUUGAAGACAUUGCUGGUCUGAAUGGAUACCAUCACUGGAGGGACAAGUGGGAGCAGUUUGACAAAAACUAUCUGAGUAAGCUGCUGUUGCGAAAAUCUGUAUAUCACAAAAGCGAACUCUGGGAGGCCUAUCAGAAAAUCAACAUCAGAGAUGCCAUUAGUGUUAUUGAUCAGGGUGGGAACAUUUUGACUUCUGCUAGACUCUCGCUGCCCUCUAUGGCCAGUAGAACAUCCUUCCCUGAGGCGACCAAUGUUACCAACUACCUAAGGGAGAACGGCAGCGGGGUGUGUCUGGACCUUCAGGUGAUUGACACAAACCCUGGUGCAAAGGUAGAGGAGGAGACAGAGACACAUCACGUGCUGGCUGGAAACCUCUACAAGCCUAGGAGACGGUAUCAGUCACACUACAGCCGGCACUUUAUGACAGUGGGGGAUCAGGAGAGGCAGGAGCGGGAGGUGUUCCAGAGAAACAUGCGCAACCGCCUGGAGUCCUUCAAAUCCACUCACUACAAAAGGCACAAGAAGGACCGCAGCCAGAAAAAGCGCAAAGGCUCCGAUGCCAAAGAGCAAGAUGCCAAUGACAAACCCAGGAGGAAUGUCAGCUGGCAAGACAAAGACCCCGUAGUAGUCCCACUGGUGUCUGAGGAGAAUAAGGGAGAGCGUUCAGAGCCAGACAAAGAUGAGGAUGUUGGGAUCACCUUCGUGGCCCGCAAAGCCUCAGAAACACCAAAGGAGAGACCCAAAUCAGUCCCUGCUGCUUUGGAGGUGUGUCAGAGCCCGUCUGUGGCCCCUCCAUCUCCCACUUGCGGAGAGAAGAACCUCCCGUGGAAGGGUGGUAUUGGUACGCUGCCUCCAUGCGUGUCUGUAGAGGCCACUAAGAUUAUCCCCAUAGACCUGCAGCAGGCCUGGAACCAGAGCAUCUCCUCCCUGGAGAGUCUGGCCUCUCCUCCCGUUCCUCAGGAGCCUCAGCACCCGCGGGUCAGCGCCCUCUACAGGCUGAGCGGACCUCCGCGGCCUCCACCGCCACCCCCUCCUGUUCCAGGCCAGUUCCAGUUCCCUGGGGGCAAAGAAGAAGAGGAGGAGAGUGCCCUUUCUCAGCAGCAGCAGGAAAUGCAGCCUCUUAUGCCAUCCUUGAGGCCACCGCCUCCUCCACCAUCUGGUGCAGUGCCUCCUGGGAGGAGGAGGAACCCGUGUGUGUAUCUGAGGAGCCUGGUAACGACGCCACCAUCCAGCAGCGAGCCGCAUAGCAGAGGACCAACACAGCUGUAGAAGUUUUUAGCUUUCUUUCUCUGUAUUUCUUCCUUUCUCUCUUUUUUCAGGGCCUUCAUGACACGUUCCUAUAGGCUCACAUGAUAGCCUUAGGUGUUUCCCACUCAAUUUAUGUUUUUUUACACCUUAACAAUAUUGCAUACUUAAAAAAGGUCAGCAUUGGUGUGUAGGAAAGUUAAAACUCAGUAGGUUGGACUAUAAUAAGUAAAACUGGCAGCGGAUGCAGUCUUGGAAACUGUAUGGACAGGGCAGUUCCUCUUACAUGGGAAAACCAUUCCACUUUUCAUAUUUUUUUUUUUUCUUUUUUUGUUUGAAGUAAAUGCCCUGUUUUAUAUACUCCAAUGUAAAUGCACAUCAAGAUAUUAGCACUUCUAAAAUAUAUCUGUCUAGAUCACAUGACCAGGGCCCUUUGGGUGUGUCUGUUAAACAAGGCUUUCAUUUAACAGCCAGCCUGCCCUCUAAACCUUACAAAAGAAAAAAAAAUACUUAAAGAAAAUCUGGCAAGAUGUCCAAUUGCUAAAUGGCAGUGGCUUAACUGCUUAACAUUAUUCUUCGACUCGGUCCGUCCAUCCAAAAACAAAACAAAAGCAAGAGACUAAGGGGCAUUCAGUGCGGCCAAGCCUCCCUGUUAGAGUCCAAAUUCCAUUUUCUGAGGGAGCCUUGGCUGAAAAAGCAGCCCAUUCUCUCCCAGCUCUGCACGGAGACCAAAAGGAACCAGCGCUCCACGUGACCGGUCUCCAAGUCUCUGCUGUCUCAUUUAAUAUCAGGCACAAUGCCAGCCGGCUCAAUAAUGCUGUCAACACUGCAUGUAUCAGCUCUGGAUAUACAUACACGCUCACAGGCGCCACGGCCGUAGAUACGCAUCAUUAAGGCAGUAUGAUCUCUUUAACACAUGAGUAGUUAUGAGCUGACAUACAAUUCAAAAUGAUAGUCAUGGGGGGUUACAGUAUCUGUGCUUCUAAUCAGAAAGGCUUGCUGUGCACAAGAUCGAAUUUCUCUUUUGAGAUACCUCACUUUUCUCUAAGCUGGCGUUUUUGCCUUUGCAAAUGUAGUCUUGUUUGUAUUUUUUUCUUUUAGCUUAAUUUUUGCCUUUGUUUUAGCCAGCACAUGUAGUCUUGUCCUAUGUAAUUUCAGUUUUAUUUAUUUUACUUUUUAUCUCCUUGUACCUGCUGAAGUGAAAUUUUAUUUUCAUCUUAUUUAUGGGUCGUUCUACCUUUGCAGUCACAAACAGUGUACAGAUGUUGAUAUGUAAUUCAAAGUAUAACAUUGUCUGUUAUUUUGGACAUCAUUUCACUAAAGUAACACCACCACUAAAAUCUGAGCUUUAUAUAUAUGUAUAUAUGUUAUGUAUAUGUAUUAUAAAUACAGUGGUGCUUGAAGGUUUGUGAACCUUUUAGAAUUUUCUAUAUUUCUACAUAAAUUUGACCCAAAACUUCAGAUUUCCUAAAAAACAGAUAAAGAGAACCAAAUUAAACAAAUAAGACAAAACAUAUUAGACUUGGUCAUUUGUUUAUCUAAUAAAGUUUUAGGUCAAAUUUAAACUUGAUGCAGAAAUAUAAAAAUUCUAAAGGGUUCACAAACUUUCAGGCACCACUGUAUAUAUGCAUAUAUAUAACUUUACUAACUUUACAUAGGACAGGCAAUAAUUCAAUGCAUUUUUUCAAUACAUACAUGCUACAAGCUACUGCUGUGACAUGCUGUUUUUCAUGCAGACUAAAUCUCACAAAAAUAAAAAAUCCAAAACAAGAAAUAUCAUAGUUUUUGGGUUUAAUUAGGAAAAGAACAAAGAAUACACACACUUUCUGUGGUUUAUUGAUAUUUUAAAUCUCACUUUCCUUUGGCUUUAAAGUUGUGGGACACCAUUUGCCACUGCAAAGGUAGAAUGACCCUUAUAUUGAACCGUCAAAUCCACAAUUAAUUGUCCUAAUGACCAAUGACCAAAGUUUAUAGGAGAAAACAAAAUGAAUGUCUAUACGUGUGCUCUGUCUCUUGUUGCCUUACGCUGUUGAGGCUGUGUUGCUUUACGUCUGUUUAUGACUCUUCAUAAGCUGUGUAUUACAUUUGGGUGUAGUGGAGAGCCACUGUGCUGAUUUCAUGCUUAAUGAAAUAUCAAAUGUGCUGCACAAAGUCAAUGUCUUAAAUUAUAAUUCAUCUAAUUUCAUAAGUUCAGUGUAGUACCCAACUGUACACAUGCACAAAAUGCUAAGAGAUCAAAAUAUUUUGUUUUAUUGUAACUUCAGUUCAAACCUGCCUGCAUUGUGCUUUGCAUAAGGACUGCCAAAGAGACCUAAUGGGAGAAAAACAUAGAUUCACAGUUCAACCUCUGCAUAUGAGAUACUAACCCUUUAGGCCUGUUGAUGUAAAGUAGUAUUAUGCAAAGCUUAUAAUUUGCACUCAAGAUCAAAAGCCAUGUAAAACUUAAAUUCGAUGAUGUUUAAGCUGCUAACUUAUCAUUUCGCUCUGUUGUGGAGUUCUGUGUGUAUAGAAUAUGUUGUGCCUUUAGAACGAGCCUGAAUUGUCCUGCAUAUGAGGGGCCUUGUUAAUAUCUGUCGUGCCUGGCAGUGUAGAGGAGUUCAGUGUUGUGCUGUCUCACUUAACCUUGCCAUGUUUGCUGGACUGUCAUCCUUAUCAUCAUCAUUUGUACCCUUGAAAGUUGAUUUUCUUUUUCCUUUUUUAUUCACAUGAGUAAGAUCAGAACGUGCAGAUCUUUUAGCACAUUUUAAAUGUUCGUUCAUAGGAUCUGCUCUGUUGCCCAGUGGGUGUUGUAUGGAAAUUAGACAAAGAGUCUUUGUGCCAAAUGUUAACUUUGGGUAGUGUUCAGGAGUGAAGCUAAUAAAUGAGAAGAAAGCUUUCUUAAAGUA